AUGUUUGGCUCGUUGCUCCGCCCCUCGUGUUUGUCGUAAACCUGGCGCCUGGCUUGAGUCAAGACAAGAUAAGAGCGCCCAAGGCUCCCCUCCUUCUCCAAGGCGAUCCAUUGGAAAUCUCAGACGGACUCACAAGUACUCUUGUAGGUGUCCUGCAGCAGAGACACAACACUACGGUCGGACUUGUUCCGCGUUCAGCCAAAUUCACCUGCGGGCUAAACCAUGUCCUUGAGCCCAAAGCACUCAACUCCUUUCUCAGUGACAGAUAUUUUAAGCCCGAUCGAGGAGACCUACAGAAAGUUUGGAGGCAUGGACAGUACAGGGAACCUCGCGUCUUCGCUGGGCGCAUACCGACAAACUCAGGUGUCUCAACCGGGCAUCCAGCAGCACGCCAUGUGCCAUAACACCGGGGUGGGGAGCACCUAUCACAUGCCACACAGCGUCUCCCAAUUUUCCAGUGCCAUUGGAGGCUACUGUAAUGGGAGCAUCGGGAAUAUGGGAGACCUCCCGUCUUACCAAGACACAAUGAGAAACGGCGCAGCAGCAACUGCGUGGUAUAGCGCAAACACCGAACCCCGCUACCCAACAAUUUCUAGAUUCAUGGGGGCUACCACUGGGAUGAACAUGACCGGGAUGGGGACAUUGGCAGGGAUGGAUGCCACCAAAUCCAUGGUCACCUUACACUCUGCGCCCAGGAGAAAACGACGGGUGCUCUUCUCUCAGGCCCAGGUGUACGAGUUGGAGAGGCGCUUUAAGCAGCAGAAAUACCUGUCGGCACCCGAGAGAGAACACCUGGCAAGCAUGAUCCACCUGACACCGACCCAGGUAAAAAUUUGGUUUCAGAACCACAGGUACAAAAUGAAACGCCAGGCAAAGGACAAAGCGAACCAGCAGAUUCAACAGGAGAACGGCAGUGUGUGCCCACAGCAACAGUCACCGAGGCGGGUAGCAGUCCCGGUUCUCGUGAAGGAUGGCAAACCCUGCCAGAACGGGUCAAGCAUAACGACGUCUGGGCAACAGCAGGUGCAGCAGCAGCAGAACGUGUCCGGUGGUGCGAUGACGGCAUCGGGAAGUGCGGUGGUUAAUCACCAUAAUCAGCAGGUGAAUAAUCCGUUAUCAUCCGAAGAAUUGGAGGAAAUGUCCCCCAGUUCCCCUAUCCUACACAGCCAGAUAAACAUGGCUCAGACAGACGCGGCUCUCCUCGAGUACACCAAUAACAUGGUCAGUUCAAACCUGCUUUAUGGCAGAACUUGGUAAAAGGGAGAAACCUGCCAUUUUAUAUUUUCAUUCUGGAGAAUACAUCAAGUGGAUUUUAAGACGAACAAAAACAUCGGGAAGGACAGGGGUCGUUGGUGACAUGGACAACAGAAGCACCAUACUUCCUUGACAUUUGAGGUGCAUAGACCACCUAUUUUUAAGAAAGUCGACCGUGCGUGUUUUACUUUUGAAGAGUUUUUGAUAAAAAAUGAGACUCCAAGCACUCGGUGACGGUGGGAAGGGAGUGAAGUUUUAUUUGUUGGAAUUAAAUUCUUUAAGGACACAUUGAGGGUAUCAGGCCAAAGUAUUGUAAUAUUUCGAUGAACGAACCUGAACUGUAUAUAAAGUUAACACAUUUCAUGUGACAGUGAUUGUUUUUAAACGAAAUAUUUGUUCGUUCAUUUUUUGUAAAUUACAAAUGUGAUGGGUGCAUAGCAUACAUAUAUACAAAUCACAAUCCAGUUGAACUAACAAUAAAUUGCUUGACAUGUAA